GCGAUAUCAAUCAGUUUGACAACUUCUUUCCGCUGCGUCGAGACCGCGAGAAACCGUACAACACGUAAUCGUUGCAUUCAUUAAAUUCGCGAAGCGACGCUCCUUCCUUGUCGCGUGCGCGCUGUUUCGUGCUUGUAAAAUUCGCCGAGUGUGCAAUCGGCUCGUCGAUGUCACUUGCAUCAUAGCCCACCGUGCCACCGCCGUUCUUUAUCUAAUCAAACCCACUCGACUUGUGAAUCGGCGCGUCCUUAUCCGUCCAGUCCAACUUUUGACCCGAGUUCGCGUGGAUCUCUGGUUCUUUGCGCUCGCAUCUACCCGUUCCGUUCGAUAUGGACGAGAAUUUUGUGGACCCGACGGGGCAGAAUGAGCCGCUGCCGGAGGACGUGAAGGAGAAACUGUCGCAGAUAUUCGAAAAGUAUGAGCAGCUGACCGAUGAGGAGAAGCAGGACUUCCAGAAGGGCGCUUUCGACGUGCUGACGAAGUCUACUCGCAAAUUGACUGGCGACUCGAUGUUGCCCACGUGGCUCGUCCCGUACCAGUCUUACAUGCUGUUUAUCUUCGCAGUAGUAAUUGUGGCCCUCUUACUAGUUCUCGUCACUCGCAAGUUGUACAAGGGCAUGAAGGAACGAGAGAAUCGCAAAGAGGCGAAAAGACGGCUCAAGGAACAGAAAGCGAAAAAGAAGAGGAAUUAACGUUUUGCACGACCCGUGAUCAACGCGAUCACGAAGCACAACCGUCCGUACAUUUUAAUGUAGGAAGAGAAAUUUGUGAAUGAAAUCCAAUGAAUUUUUAUAAUAAAUUUGAGUGCGAUGUUCACAGUCGAGUUCAUGAAUAGACUUUCAGACACUUAACAGGUAGCCAAAAAAUUAAAAAUACUCCAUAUUUCUUGUGAUCUACAUAUUUCUUUUCCCUCAAAUACAUAUGUUGAUACGAAUAAAAUAUUGAUCUUUUUUCUUGAAUGCGCAAAUAGCUGAUGGAUGAAAAUAUUUCGAUCUGCAAUUCGACCUAUCCCGCUUCCUUUCGACAAACUAAGCGUAGUUGAAGGACAACAGGACCCGUGCGCACAACGCACACAAGAAAUAAUAAGGACUGGGCAGCAAGAAGUAUUUAUUGUGCCAUUUCAUCCCGACGGAAACACUCGUAUGAGGUGUAUAACAAUUAACAUACCGGGCAUACACUCAUUAUGGCUUUCCAAG